AUGAGCUCCGUGGCCCCUACACAGAACGGCGCAGCGCAGUUGGCUGCGAACGGCUCCACGCCUGGCGGGCCUUCACGUUCAAAGAAGGAAAAAAGCAGCAGCAGCAGCAGCAACAGCAGCAGCAGCAGCAGCAGCACAAGCAACAUGGAUUCUCCAGCUAACAUGUUUGAGGCUGCUGCUGAGCGAGUUGAGCAGCAGCAGCUGCUGCAGAAGCAGCAGCAGAAGGCUCGUGCUGUUGCUCGUCCUUCCCUAGAUGAGGCAGCAGCCCUACAGCGAAGUGCAGCAGCAGCAGCAGCUGCGCCUGCAGCCGUAUCAGCAGCAGCAGCAGCAGCAGCAGCAGCAGCAAACGCCAGUAAGGCGGUAGAUAGGGAUUCUCUACUGCAGCAGCUGCAGCAGCAGCGCGAGGCCUUUGCUGCAGCACAGCUGCGGAUGCAGCAUCAGCACGAGCAGCAGCUGCUGCUGCUGCAGCAGCGAGAGGAGAAGCUGACGAAGCAGGCGACAGGGGCCCUGCAGCGGAUGAGAGCAGCGCAUGCAGAUGCCCUGCAGGAGCAGCAGCAGCAGCACGAGAAGGCCAUGCAGGAGCUGCAGCAGGCACGUUGCUGUCUCCAGCAGCAGCUGCAGCAGGAGCAGCAGCAACGCCUUGAAAAGGAGCAGCAGCUGCUGCAGCAUCAGAAGCAGCAAAAGGCAAGGCCCAACAACAGCACCAUCUCCCUUAGCUCGACUCAGGAAGAAGCAGAGAGACAACUGGAAAAGCUGCAGCAGCAGCACGCAACGCUGCAGCGGCAGCACACUGCAGCAGAGGAUGAGCUGAAGACAGCUGCUAAAAAGUACGAGGCCUUGUCGGUGGAGCUGCAGCAGCAGCAACAACAGCAGCAGCAGCAGCAGAAGCAGCUGCUGACAAUACAAGAAAAUCUCUCGCGUGAGGCAGAGCAGCGCGAAGCCUCCGCUGCUGCUGCAGCUGCAGCACAGGAAGAGAAGCGGCAGCUGCAGCAGCAGCUGGAGCAGCUACAGUUGCAGCUGAAGCAGCAGCUGCAGCAGCAGCAGGAUGUUCAUGCUCUCAAGCAGCAACUUGAGCAGCAGCAAGGUGAGGCGGAAGGACUGAAGCAGCAGCUGCAGCAACAGCAGCAGCAGAAGCAAGAUGAGGUUGCUGCCCUCAAGCAGCAGCUGGAGCAGCAGCAGCAGCAGCUAGAGCAGCAGCUGAAGCAGCAGCAAGAAGAGGCAGAAGGCCUGAAACAGCAACUGCAGCAACAGCAGCAGCAGCAGCAAGAAAAAGUUACUGGGCUCACGCAGCAACUGCAGCAGGAACAGAGUGAAGUGGCUGCCCUCAAGCAGCAAAUGCAGCAGCAGCAGCAGCAGCUAGAGCAGCAGCUUGAGCAGCGGAAGGAUGAGGCUGAAGGGCUGAAGCAGCAGCUGCAGCAACAGCAGCAGCAGCAGCAAGAAGAAGUUGCUGAGCUUAAGCAGCAACUGCAGCAACAGCAGCAACUGGAACAGCAGCUUGAGCAGCAGAGGGGUGAGGCUGAAGGCCUCAAGCAGCAGCUGCAGCAACAACAGCAGCAGCAGCAAGAUGAAGUUGCUGAGCUUAAGCAGCAAUUGCAGCAGCAGCAGCAGUCGGAGCAGCAGCUGCAGCAGCAGCUAGAGCAGCAGCAAGAUGAAGUUGCUGACCUGAAGCAGCAACUGCAGCAGCAGCAGCAGCUCGAGCAGCAGCUGAAGCAGCAGAAGGAUGAGGCUGAAGGCCUUAAGCAGCAACUGCAGCAACAGCAGCAGCAGAUAGAGCAGCAGCAAGAUGAAGUUGCUGACCUUAAGCAGCAACUGCAGCAGCAGCAGCAAUUGGAGCAGCAGCUAAAGCAGCAGCAAGAUGAGGCUGAAGGCCUCAAGCAGCAAUUGCAGCAGCAGCAGCAGCAGCAGCAAGAUGAGGGUGAACGCCUGAAGCAGCAACUGCAGCAGCAAGAACAGCAGCUGCAGCAGCAGCUGCAGCAGCAGAAAGAUGAGGCUGAAGGGCUGAAGCAGCAACUGCAGCAGCAGGAACAGCAGCUGCAGCAGCAGCUGCAGCAAAAGAAAGAUGAGGCUGAAGGGCUGAAGCAGCAGUUGCAGCAACAGCAGCAGCAACAGCAAAAUGAAGUUGCUGAGCUGAAGCAGCAGCUGCAGCAACAGCAGCAAGUGGAGCAGCAACUGAAGCAGCAGAGGGAUGAGGCUGAAGGCAUCAAGCAGCAACUGCAGCAGCAGCAGCAGCAACAACAAGAUGAAACGAAAGGUCUUAAGCAGCAAGUAGACGAUCUCACCCGAAAGCUGCUGCUGCAGCAGGAGGAGCUCCAAAGGAGCAGCAGCGCAGCAGCAGAAGAAGCUACAGCAGCAGCACAGCAGCGAAUCGCAGACCUUGAGGGUGACCUGGAACAAAGCCGUGUCGCUGCAGCUGCAGCGAACGCAGAGCUGCAGCAGUUGCAGCAGCAGCUGCAGCAGCAACAACAGCAACUGCGGCGGCAGCAGCAGCAGCUGCAGCAGCAGCAGCAGCUGGUGCAGCAGCGUAAGGAACAGCAGCAAAAGGCAGGGGAAGGCGGGAGCGAAGGCGACUGCACCGCCACCAAAAAGCCCCAAAGACAACAGGCAGCAGCAACUGCAGCAGCAGGCAGCAGCGGACGGCUGGCGAAUCGCGUGGAUGCCCCCUUGAGGACUUUGCUGCGGCUGCUGCUGACCAGUGGUUAUGCCCGCGUCGCUGCUCUGCUGUACUUUUUGCUGAUGAACGCUCUCGUGGUGCUGCUGCUUAGGAGAGCUGCUUGCUGA